CCAACCCCUCACGUUCACGGUUCACCAGUCUCGUCGUGUCCGUUCGCGAUCGGGCAAACCUGCAACCCUUUCCUCUUCGUCCCCCCGCUAUCUCGUUGCCCCAAGCCGGAGUACGGAGUACGGCAGUCGCACCCCCGUCGUCCCGUUCCUUGCUCGCCCCAACUUCGCCGCCGCAUCCCCCUCGGCUGCUCGCUCCUCGUCUGCCCCUAGUGAUGUCUGGUGGUAACGCGUGGUCGCCGCUCCCUUCGCACGGAUUUGACGACGACUCCUGCUUGCUCUUUUUUAUUUUGCUCGUGUCGUCGGAUCGUGGCUUGAUUGAUCUCCGCAUCCCGCAGAUCCGACUCCGGCGGCAUGGGGAGCCGCGCAGGCGAGCCUGUGGCGAGGACCAACAGCGGCGGCGGCAGCAGCAGCAAGGAUUCGGGCAGCUUCGAGUGCAACAUCUGUCUGGACCUGGCGCAGGAUCCCGUGGUCACCCUCUGCGGCCACCUCUUCUGCUGGCCAUGCCUCUACGAGUGGCUCCACGUGCACGCGCACUCCCAGGAGUGUCCCGUCUGCAAGGCCGUCGUCGAGGAGGGGAAGCUCGUCCCUCUCUACGGCCGUGGUGGCAACUCCACCUCACCCCGUGCAAGGUCGGUGGCCGGUGUGGAAAUCCCGAGCAGGCCGACCGGGCAGCGGCCCUCCACUGCCCCGCAGCCAGACCACAGUAAUCAUUACCCGCCCCAGAACCCCUGGUUCAUGGGCGCUGGCGCCCCCCCUGUGGCUGGUGGUCGGUGGGGGAAUUACACUUUCUCGGCGGCCAUUGGAGGGUUGUUCCCGUUGCUGAGCUUCCAGGUGCAUGGAUUCCCGCAGGUGUCUGCCUAUGGGCCUGCUGCAGGGUUUCCCUAUGGAUACGGCCAUUCUUUCCAUGGGUGGCAUGGACAUGGCUAUGGCUUCCCGCGCCAGGCACCACAAGGCCAGCAGGUUGAUGCGUACUUAAAGGUGCUUCUACUGGUAGUUGGUGUGCUUGUAAUUGCCAGCCUGAUCGCAUUUUAAAUUAUGUAAGGCUGGCGAUAUUGCUGAUCCGUUGGUGUGUACCAUAGUUCUAGCAUCAUUGCAUCUUAGAUAGCUCCCAAAGUUUGAUGUCAGCGUGGAGAUAAGUAGACAAGUUGUGAUAAUUGGUGGCAGCUGGUAUUCAUUGUGUAAAGUUGCUAUCGAAAAUUAUAGGUGCAUUUGUUGUGUUCUUGCGUUGAACAUUCUCCAUGUUCAUGUUUCUUCCAAGAAAUUUGCCUGCAAUGUUCUCUUCUUCAUUGCUAUUUA